AUGUAUUCAAUACUGACCCAAGCAGCACAGCAUGCAUACCCAGGUGACUCCAUCAUGGCCAUCACCUUCCUUGCGCCGCACAACCCCAGCCAUGAUCCCAGCUUGAGCCCCUGGGCCAGAUCAUGGCUAUCAACUUGCAAGGCUUUGAACAUGGGAGAGGACGGCAGAGCGCCCAGACAACCCAACGGCUGA